UGGGUGGCGGCCGGCCGUGGCUCUCACCUGACCAUGCUGCUCAAACACUCGGGUAAAAAAGAUGAAAUGGCCGACGGAAUUAUUUUGUUGGUGUUGAAGGUGUGAGAGUUUGUGAGGAGCCAUGGAGACCAGUGCCAGCUGGUCAGUGCCAGCUGGCACCACCUCUCAGCCAAAACAGUUAGUCUUGGGUGGCAGUGAGCAGGAUGGAAGGUGCCGAGGGAGAUGACAUUGGAGCCACAUUCCUGGCCUCAGAGCAGUACAUGGUAGAAGGUCACAAUGUUCACGGUCACCAACAUGAUGAUGAAGACAAAGAUGAUGUUCCUCACUUGCUGCGUGAACAAGAUCGCUUCUUACCUAUUGCAAACGUAGCCAGGAUAAUGAAGAAGGGCAUUCCUAAAACUGGAAAGAUUGCCAAGGAUGCUCGUGAGUGUGUACAGGAGUGUGUGAGUGAGUUCAUCAGCUUUGUGACCAGUGAAGCUUCAGACAGAUGUCACCAGGAGAAAAGGAAGACUAUCAAUGGUGAAGACAUCUUGUGGGCCAUGAAUGCACUAGGGUUUGAGAAUUAUGUUGAACCCCUUAAAAUCUACCUUCAAAAAUUUCGUGAGUCUACCAAAGGAGACAAGCCAAUGGAAGGCUCAAUGGAAGGAAGUUAUGAUGUAGACUUUACAAACAACAUGGCCACAUUCACCACCGACCACGUUAACCAGUCCGAGAUUGUUUGCACCUACGGUCCGGGUCAAGUCACUCAACAGUUUACCUUAGGAUAAAAUUAUCAUCUUUAGUCUGAGUUCUCGUUUUGUUUGGAGUUUUUAUGCCUAAUAUUUAAGGGGACUGGAUACAGAUCACAUUUGGAGGAGUACAGUGUUUCUUAAAGGUUUUGUUACUUAUAAAAUAUCAGUUUCGUUCCAGUUAACAUGGAACACACGAUUAGGCUCAGCACAGCUGGAGUGUAGCAUCACAACUCUACAACAUACAUUACAUUUCUUAAGGGUCUGGGGCAAGCUAGUUUUUGAAAAUACAUAAGAGUUUAUCUCACAUUCACACUGAAAACUCAGGGACUUGAAUGUACUUACCUUGGCUCUGUAAGGCAGCCACUUUCCAAAUCUUCUAAAAGCUGUAAUGAAUGUGCUUCAACUUCAUGAGCUUGCAUAUUCAAGGGUUCUUGAUCUAAGGAAUUUGAGUUAACCCUCUCUUUUUCUUGGAUCAUGCCUGAUUACCUCUCAUUUCCCAGGACCUCUUUGUGUUGGACAUUUUCUUGUGAAUUCAAGAACAGUGACUCACGAAAUCGUAAUGACACGAUUGCAAACAAACCAUACCACGGGCGGGAUUUGAACCCGCGGUCAGAGUCUCAAAACUCCAGACCGUCACGUUAGCCACUGGGCCAGCUAGCUUCAAUAAGAUUCGUCCAACUAGGUGUAUUUCUACAUCAUAGGAGGGUUAGCAUAGGCACCACUGUGUCCACAAAUGCAAGUUUUUACAGACGAAUCUCCCGCUAGCAUGGCCAGGAGAUUCGUCUGUAAAAACUUGCAUUUGUGAACACAGUGGUGCCUAUGCUAACUUUCCUAUAGUGUAGAAAUACACCUAGUCGGACGAAUUUUAUUGAAGCUAGCUGGCCCAGUGGCUAAUGCGACAGUCUGGAGUUUUGAGACUCUCUGACCGCAGGUUCAAAUCCCACCCGUGGUAUGGUUUGUUUGCAAUUGUGUCAUUACGAUUUCGUUAGUCAUGUUGACGGCUUUGAGGGGACUUGAGCUAGAGUUCGUCACGGCCAUGCUAGCGGGUGGACACAGUGGUGCCUAUGCUAACCUUCCUAUGGUGUAGAAAUACACCUAGUUGGACGAAUCUUAUUGAAGCUAGCUGGCCCAGUGGCUAACGUGACGGUCUGGAGUUUUGAGACUCUCUGACCGUGGGUUCAAAUCCCGCCCAUGGUAUGGUUUGUCAAGAACAGCCAUUUUGACGAUUGUUGGCUAUUAGUCAGUUUGAUUCAAAAUAGUCUCGAGAGUUAGGCAGUGUUUGUGUUUUGGUAAAGUUUAGCUAUAUAAUGUUUAAUAUUGCACUCUUGUAUCUUAAAAUGUUUUCAUAUUAAUGCAAAUUCAUGCUGUUGGGAUUUUUUCUCCUUUGUAUAGACUGAGUGGUAUAGUUGGUGUAUGUUGUAAAUCACAGGAGCAGUAGACAGUGGUACAGUUGGUGUAUGUUUUAAAUCACAGGAGCAGGUAAACAAUGGUGCAGUUGGUGUAUGUUGUAACUCACAGGAGCAGGUAGACAGUGGUACAAUUGGUGUAUGUUGUGAAUCACAGGAGUGGGUAGACAGUGGUACAGCUGGUGUAUUUUGUAAAUCAUAGGAGCAGGUAUGAACAGAGUGGUGUAAGUGACGGUGGUGCUUAAUUAAGAGCAAUGUGUGGUGUGAAUACUGUAUUAAACAGUGAAUUUGGAGUGUAGCAGUUAGAAGACUGUGUGGUGUUAUGAAAAAUAUUCAGAGGACGAAGGUAAGAGUGUUAAGGUGGUUUGGAUAUUUAAGAGAAGAUGGAACAUGAUAGGAUGAUCAGGAGGGUAUUUAAUCCAUGGUGGAAGGUAGAAUGGGUAGGGGUUGUCUCAGAAAGGUGUGAAGGUUUUAUAUGGUAAGGGCUUGAGCAUCCAGAUGAUGUGUGUGAGAGCAUGUUAGAUCAGGGCUAGUGAAGACAAGUGCUUAAGGGAUUUGACGUGCUGUUGGAGUGUGAACAAGGUAACAUUUAUAAAGGGAUUCAGAAAAACUGGUCAGGCAGACUUAGUCUUGCAAGUGGGAAGCACGGUGCCUGCACUCUGAGUAAGGGGUCAUGAUGCAGUUCAACAGGUCAUUUGAAUUAUGAUGCACACACUUGAUGGCUGCGCACUUUUAGCAAGAAAACUAUUGAAUGAAUGGUGGUGAAUGUUUAUUUUUUAGGUCAUUCUGCUUAGUGGGAGAUGGCUGAUGAAGUAAAAAAAAAAAAAAUUAUAAUUGAAUGGUACAAAACUGGUGAUCUUUAUAUACAACAAAAGGAAGGUUUUUAUCUGGUGGUUUAGGCAGAGUGACAAGAUUCGUUUUUUGCAUUAUUAAUUUUAUAGACAAAUAAUUUUAGGGUUUUGUAAAAAUCCUUGAGAAUAAUUAUUGUAGUGGAUGGUGGCAUGCAGAUACAUUAGCAUAGAUACAUCUUAACAUUAAGAUAGAAGAAAAGCUUUUUGUAACCACAUUUUUUCCUUCGAGCUGUCCACAGGGACCAUUCCUUCUCUGUCAAAUUUUGUAAUGACAUUUGUUACAGUAGAAACUAAACACUUUACAGACUGACACCUCAAAGAUUAGUUUUUUAGGAAAUCCCUCGAAUUGAAAGAUUAACCCAAAUUGGAUGAUCUUUGAGAGGCGAUACCUAACCAUUUUUAUCCUUCAUGAAGAAUGGAAAAAAUAUUGCAGUUGAGAGGGUCAUUUCAGCUGUGUGUAUGUGCACUUGUGGAAAGACAGCUAGUGAACUAGUGAUGGUAAAUGUUGCCUUGUUUUUGGUUACCUUGCCUUCGUGGUGAAAUUGUUAAAUGUUUUAUAAUUUCUUGAGAAUUAUGCAGAUACACGUUUCUCAAAACCCAGCUUGAAGAUUUUAUCUAGACACUUCUUUUUCGGGUCACUCUGCCUCAGUGGGAAACAGCCAGUGUGAUGUGUUAGUAAAAAAAAAAAAUGUGGCUUUAGUCCCAAGAGUGCCGGGAUGUAUAGAAUUUACUGUAUAGUGCUAAAUUUUUAUUAUCAACUCUGAAUAUUACAGUCUGUUUAUUAAACUUGUCUAUGACAGAGAUUUUACAUGCAGUACAGUGUUUCCUCAAUACCCACACAGAUGCCUUCCAUGAAAAUCUGUCUUAUGCAAAUAUUUGUGUAUGUGGCAUUUCAAAUUAUUCAUUUCUUUUAGGCUUUUAUUUUGUAAUUAGAGAAAAGUUCUAGGAAAAAAGAAAAAUGUCUACUGCCACAGGUGGCAGAAACUUGUGGCACUGUUGUCUGCCAUAAUGUUUUGUUAUUCUCUCUGUAUUUGCACUGUUGUUCAGUCUUUUAGUGAAUGGACAACAGUAAGAUUAAUGUUCUUUGAGCACUUACAGUCCUGUAACAAGACAGUGGGCCACAUUUCCCUUCCUUGUAUUUUGAAAUAAUUACACUCGGGCCUGGUGGUGAUGGGUCAUUCAUGGCAGCAUCUGAAAGUGUUUCUUCUAAACCUUCACUCGUUGGCAAGGACUCUACUUAUUUAUUCAUCUCAGACUUCAUUUAUGAUUUGGAUAAAUGCUUGAAAUUAGUGACCUUAUGUCUUGCUAUCUGUUGCCUAUUCUGUUUCAGAUGAAUGUUAUUUUUUUGCAUCUCUCCUCCAGCAGGACUUUGACCCUUUCAGGUUUAGUGCUUAACUUGACUAUAAUAAUGAUAACUUGAAUGCAUGUCAAAUUCUUAUAUAGGAUCUAAGGUGUCUUAAUGCAUCAGUCAUAUACCAGAACUUCCUCCUACUAAGCAUUGUUAAUUAAUGAAGGCCUUCCCUCUACAAAAAAAAAAAAAAAAAAAAAAAGGAAGAAGUGGCACUUGGACAGAAGGUAUUUAACCCAUAAACGGUCCAAACGUAUAUAUACGUUUUUUUCAACAUUUAAAAGUAUGUAAAAAAAGUAGAUUUUUUGUUUUUCUACAUUUGAAAAUGUGUAAAAAGCUUUGAUCAACUUUUUUUUUUUUUUUUUAUAUUUGAAAAUAUGUAAAAAAAAAAAUCUUAGAUCUACUUUUGUAGCACUACACAUGUGAACGUAGAUCUGCUUGGACCGUUUACAGGUUAAGGCUUAGUCCAUUGUACCACAACCAUGUAUGAUGGUCCAAAAUUUUUAUCUUUUAUGACAACUGGACCAUGGCCCUCAUGAGAGGUUAACUUCAAAUACUUCAUUAAUUGUCUGGUAAUUUGGCCAAAAAAAUAUUUUAGAUGACACUUAAAAUAUUGGGACAUAUCUUGAUAUUUCCAUAUUCUUAUGGUAGCAGCAGGGGGUAUUAAGUGUUUGUGUAGCUCAUUUUGUCCAUUGAGUGAGUACCUGAGAGGUUGUACCUGAUUGACUGAUGGCCAAGACCACACUGGUGUCCUCACAUGGCAUCCUGAAGAGCAAACUUUACUUCACAAGUUUUUACAAUUAUUGUACAUUACUCUCCUGUUUACAGUUUUGUCUUUUGAUUUUUGAGACAUUUUAAGCUUACAGUUCACCAGAAGAAUAAAUCACAUUAUAGUACCAUGACUACAAUUCACAACAAGCAAUUUACCCACAACUUGAUGUACUGCAAUGUAAAGUUAUUGACAAAGCUUCUGUGUUACCUAGACUAUUAAGUCAAGACUGUUAACCUUCAGGGUUAACUAUUCUAGAGGUCAUGGCAGCUUAACACUUAAACUGUCCAAACGUAGAUCUUAGUUCACUCACAUAGUGCUCCAAACGUAGAUCUACAUUUAAUUUUACAUGCAAUCAAAUGUAAGAAAAAAUGUAGAUCUAUGUUCGGAGCACUACGCCAGUGAACAUAGAUCUACAUUUGGACAGUUUAACCCGUAAACAGUCCAAACGUAUAUAUACGUUUUUUCAACAUUUGAAAGUACGUAAAAAAAGUAGAUUUUUUUUUUUUUUACAUUUGAAAAUGUGUAAAAAACUUUGAUCUACUUUUUUUUUUUUUGUUAUACGUACAGUGGACCCCCACUUUACGAUCACCUCCCAAUGCGACCAAUUAUGUAAGUGCAUUUGUACGUGUAUGUUUGGGGUUCUGAAAUGGACUAAUCUAAUCACAAUAUUCCUUAUGGGAACAAAUUCGUUCAGUACUGGCACCUGAACAUACUUCUGGAAUGAAAUAAUAUCGUAAACCGGGGGUCCACUGUAUUUGAAAAUAUGUAAAAAAAAGUAGAUCUACUUUUGGAGCACUAUGCAUGUGAACGUAGAUCUGCUUGGACAGUUUAAGGGUUAAGGGUUAAUGAUUUAAUGUGGUAUGUGUAUUAUUAUUUAGCAAACAGUAAUAUUUUCUUUGCAAGAUCAUUUGUGAUUUUAAAUGUAGAAUUGAUGAUUAUACAUGAAAUACAAUGUCUCUACUACUGUUGCUAUUCACUGCAAGAUGCUGCCCAUGUUGACAGUACAGUACCUGUGUAAAUUGAUUCAUGUGUGAUAAUAAAAUUUAUUAUUUAAGGUGA